GAACACUUUCCUUCUGAGGUUGUCAAUGUAUGUGUCAUUGAACUACACGAAAUAACAAAAGAUGAAUAUAUUUCUUUUAAUUAACUAAUUUCAACCGAAAUAAUGGAACCAAGUGAAGAGAUGUGUAAAAGUUUAGCCAAGUGGCUUCAAAAAACUGUACCAAACAAAACUAACACCAUUCCAGAAAUUUGUGAUGGAGUUGCGAUGUUGGAUGCUUUAUUACAAAUUUCUCCUGAACAUUUUAGCAAACUUGAAUUAAAAAUUAAGAAAGAUGUUGGAGUAAACAAUUGGCGAUUAAGGAUAAGUAAUUUAAAAAAAAUUGUUGAAGCUGUGAUAGAGUAUUAUCAAGACGUUCUUACUCUGCAAAUUUUAGAUGUAGGGAUUCCAGAUGUAAAUCAAAUAGGAGAAAACAAUGAUGCUGUUCAAUUGGCCAAACUACUGCGGUUGAUCCUGGGUUGUGCAAUAAAUUGCGACAGAAAGCAAGAAUAUAUUACACUGAUCAUGCAAAUGGAAGAAUCUAUUCAACAAAAUAUAAUGCAGGCUAUUCAACAAUUAGAAGAGGUGACAGGAGGGCCAGGUCGUUCUGGCUUAAGUCUUUUGAUUUUAGAUAGUGAUACAAGAGUUAUGAAACUAGUGAGUGACUUAGAAUCAUCAAAUAAGUCUAGGGAGGGUCUUAUACAGCAAGUAGAAACAUUAGAACAACAAGUGCAAUCUCUUUUAUAUGAAAAACGAAUACUACAAGAUCAAAAUCAAGCUUUACUAGAGAAAGAAGCAAAGAAUCCUCAAGAGAAUAUUAGGAAGCAACUGGAUACUCUAAAAGAAGAAUUAUUUAAAUCUGAGGUCCGUGCAGAAGAUUUAAAAAGCAAAUUAUUGGAAAAAGAAAAACAAAUGAUAACUUUUCAAGAAAAAAUUAAUGAGUUGCAAGUUAGUGCUAAUGAAUCAGCUAAGUUGAAAGAUGAAAUAGAUGCAUUAACUGAAUCAGCAGGAAAAGUUGCUGAUUUAGAAUUAGCCAUAGUCUCCUAUAAAAAACGAUUAGAAAAUUAUCAGGAUAUAAAGAAAACUCUACAAAAACUUGAAGAAAAAAAUAUGGAAUAUAUUCAAAAGAAUAUGGAAAUGGAAGAAGAACUUGCUAAAAAUAAUACAUGGAAAUCUCAGUGUGAAGCAUAUAAAAGUCAAAUUGUAGAACUGCAGCAAAAAUUAGAUGAAGAAACUCAAAGAGCUGACAAAGCACAAUUUAAUUUAGAUAAAAUAAAAUCAAAGAUUAUAAGUUUACAAGGAGAAAAGGAAAGACUGAUUUUGGAAAGGGAUAAUUUAAAGGAGGAAAUUGAAGAGCUGAAACUUGGUCCAAAGGAAAGUGGAGCUGCAGUAUCUGAAGAAUUGACACAAACGGAAUUGGAAAAAAGACUUAAAUUGGUAGAAAAGGAAAACAAAACAUUAAGAAGUUCCAGUCAGGAAAUGGAAUCUAAACAGGCACAAUUAGAUAGUUCAUUAAACAGAAUUGAAAAACUGCAACAAAAAAAUCGGAACUUGAAUCAAACUGUUCUAAAACUAGAAGCACAAAUAGAAGAACUCAAAAUGCAACAAACAGAAACACAAGGCAUUUCUAUUAAUAGUUCAAUAGUGAAAGAGUACAGGCAAAAAAUAAGUAUUUUACAGGAGACUUUGGCAUCUAAAGAUAAUGAAUUACAAUCAUUACAAACAAAAUAUAAUAGAAGUGUGGAGAAAGCUCGUGAGGUAGCUCAACAUUUAGAAUUUAAAUCUAAUGCCUCUUUAACACAAUCUAAUAUUAAGGAGCUCGAGGGAAGAUUACUAACUGCCGCCUUCCACCGAUUAACUAUAAACUCUCAUAGGGAAAGCAUGGAUGAGAGACUAAGUGUAUUACAUGGUGCACAAGGCCAGUCUUUUUUAUCACGUCAGAGAACACCAACACCUAGAAAGCCGAUACAGAGAUACAAAUCUAAGUAACUACCUCUUUGGGUUUGUUUAUAUUGUUUUUAUGAGGAGGUUAUUUUAGAUAUUCUGUUAUUUAUCAAAAAUUGUGAAUAGAAAAUCAAGUUAUACCA